UACAAUCCCCAAACCCCCUUGUUUAAAGCCGACCGUAAACAGAAAGCGGAAACAAUAGAGAACCGCAAACACACACCCUUGUCUUGGCGAUCUACUCGGGGAAAUAAAAUACCUUUACCUUUUAAGCAAUACUAUUAAAGUAGACAUCUAAGAAAAUACCAAGUCGACGAGUACUUAGGGGCAUUUGACUAAGUUGGUCACCAUGGCGCUGAAAAGAAUACAGAAGGAGCUUCAUGACCUGCAGAGGGACCCGCCAGCACAGUGCUCUGCUGGACCCGUGGGAGAGGACUUGUUCCAUUGGCAAGCAACAAUAAUGGGGCCAGGUGAUAGUCCAUACCAAAGUGGGGUCUUCUUUCUCACAAUCCACUUCCCCACCGACUAUCCCUUCAAGCCACCAAAGGUAGCGUUCACAACGAAGAUUUAUCAUCCGAACAUCAACAGUAACGGCAGCAUUUGCUUGGACAUCUUGCGAUCCCAGUGGUCUCCAGCAUUGACUGUAUCAAAAGUUCUUUUGUCCAUAUGUUCGUUGCUUUGUGACCCGAACCCAGACGACCCCCUAGUUCCAGACAUAGCACAGAUCUACAAACUAGACAAAGAGAAAUACAACAGACUAGCAAGAGAUUGGACCCAGAAGUAUGCAAUGUAAAGGCCCUCCUGAAGAUUUUUUUUAAAGUCACAAAACACUGUACAUUCUGGUAAUAGAAAGUAAACUUAGGUGAUAUGGAACACAUUGUACUGUCAACAUUUAUCAUGUGAACCCAUGAACUAUAGAUGAUUUUGUGUUUACAGGGGGUAUACACUGCACAUAUGUACAUUAAGGGUGACAUAGGGUGACAGAUAUGGGGAACAACAACUGUACAUUGUUGUUAUCCCUACUUCCUGGUUUUGGGGAACAUUUGUUUCUCGUCUCAUGAAUGGAAGAGGAAGUCAUUAGAAUACUGUAGCCCACGGUUACAUUCAGAAUACUGUUGCCUGCUGUUCCAGUCAUCAGAAUACUGUAGCCUGCUGUUCCAGUCAUCAGAAUACUGUAGCCUGCUGUUCCAGUCAUCAGAAUACUGUGUCCUACUGCUACAGUACAACAUACUCAUGGCUCUGUUGACUGUCACCCAUAAAGAGGGAAAUUGAGGAAUCAAACCAAUUUUACUGUUUUUUUAUUUUUAUUUUAUUGUAUCAAACUAUUCUGGAACUACUUUAGUUGUUUUAGCAUUAAGUCAGAACUUGUAACAUUAAAACAUUGAAAUACAUACUCUGCAAAUAACAGUGAUUUAGGGUCUUCAAUUAUGGCUUAUGCUGUUUAGCACUUUUGUAUAAUUAAUAAAGAAUUGUACACUUUUUA